CCCAGACAAACAUUUCUGCCUCAUACUCGGCACAGCACAACCGCUCACUUGGCUCUAGUAUCGCAAUAUUAUUAUUAUGUAUAACUUCCUCUGGCUAACAUUUCUGUGUCUGAGUCCCUUUCUGGAAUAUGCAGUUGGACUUGCCUUGCCAGACUCCCGGACGUGCGUGAUCGGCGCGGGGUACUCCGGUCUGGCGGCGGCGCGCUACCUCAAGCAGUAUGGCGUCAACUUUACAGUCUUCGAGGCGUCCCGCCACUUCGGUGGGACCUGGCGUUUCGACCCCCACGUGGGCACGGACGAGGACGGCAUACCGGUGUUCACCAGCAUGUACAAGAACCUUAGAACCAACACACCACGGAUGACGAUGGAGUACGGAGGGUAUCCCUUCCCUGAGGGUACUCCCUCGUAUCCUACAGGAACCUGCUUCUACAAAUACUUGAAGUCGUUCGUGAAACAUUUCGGUUUCGAAGAAAACAUACAGUUCCGCAGUUACGUAAUGUCGGUGAAAUGGGCCAAUCGGCACUGGGAGCUGACGUACAUGAACACGGCCGAUAGGGCCAACUACACCGUGCCGUGCGACUUCGUCAUCGUCGCCAGCGGACAGUACAUCAAGCCGAAGAUGGCCAGCUUCCCGGGAAUGGAUACUUUCAGAGGCAAAAUCAUCCACAGUCACGAUUAUAGGGAUCCAGCCCAUUACGAGGGACGAAGGGUUCUUCUCCUAGGUUCCGGAGCUUCCGGUCUCGACCUGGCCAUGCACCUGAGCAACGUCACAGCCAAACUCGUCCACAGUCACCACAGGAAGUACAACGAACCCUACUUCAGCGACAGAUACGUCAAGAAGCCUGAUAUAAAGGAGUUCACUCCGAAUGGCGUGAUCUUCGAAGAUGGCACGUUCGAGGAGAUCGAUGAUGCUAUAUUUUGUACUGGUUACUUUUACAGCCACCCGUUCGUAGACAAGAGCUCGGGUUUGACGUUGUCGGGCAAGUUCGUGCUGCCUCUGUACCGCCACAUCGUCAACAUCAGACACCCCAGCAUGACCUUCCUGGGUGUCGUUAAUGUUGUUAUAACGAGGACUAUGGAUGCUCAGGCGGAGUACGUAGCCUCUCUGAUCGCGGGCAAAUUCAAGUUGCCAUCACAGGAGGACAUGCUGAGGAGCUGGCUGGACCACGUCCACACUCUGCAGGCCAACAACAAGAAGAUCGUCGACGUCAACACUGUUGGUGACGACAUGGAUAACUACUUCGCGAACCUAACAGCGGAGGCGGGUGUGGCCCGCGUGCCGCCUAUAUACAAGGAGAUCAGGGACUUCAACGCCGUCAACAGACUGGACGACCUGCUCAACUACAGAGACUACGACUAUGAAGUACUCAGUCAGCACGACUACAAGCGGUCCUACAUGGGACAGAGGAGUUUACAAUGUCCUCUCGAGAUUUAGGUUUAUAUAGUACUCGCCAGUAAUUAAAAAUCGAAAUAUUAUGUAAAAAUUGCAGAUGGUAGCAAACAGUGGCGUAGCUUGCCUCCGGGCGCCUCGUAGCAAAAAAUUUUUGAGUAGCAGAAAUCUUGUUGAAAUCUUUUCUAACACGUUUGGGGACCCUAUGUAUUUCGUGGGAUAUAAAUGUCGAUACGAUAGAAGGAGCUCAGAAAUUGCAAGUGAGUUAAUUUUGGGACUGCAAUAUAAUAAUUACUAUGAAAUAAUUCUAAUAUCAGAUUACGAACAAAAUCAAAAAUAUAUCUACUUUAAGCUUUAAAUAAUAAUUAAUUAAUGUAUUUAAUACUUAAUAAUAAAUGUUACCAAUAGUAUAUUAUGCCAGUGUCCAUAGAAUAAACGUAGACGGUAGAAUAAUAAAUUUAUGCAAAUAAAACUACGUAUAACAUAA